AUGGCUAUGUGGGCAACCGUGCAGCAGUGUUCCCUUUGCAGUGACAAUGGUCACUUGUAUGUACCUGAAGAGCUUGUGGCGGUCUACCGCACCGAUGUUUUGCAGCACGUGGCAAUACUUACACCGAAUCAGUUUGAGGCUGAGUUGCUGACAGAAAAGAAGACUACCAACAUCCAAGAGGCGGUGCAAGCUUGCAAUCUGCUUCACUCAAAAGGCCCCAAAGUUGUGGUGCUUACCACCUUGGACGUGCCAGAUGCCACCAAAGGUGACAAUGUUGCGAUGCUUUUAUCAUGUGCCGGACAAAGGAAGUGGCUUCUCCGCGUACCUCAUAUCGGAGGUGGGCCAUUUACCGGCACCGGAGACCUAACAGCUGCGAUGAUUCUGGCCUGGACUCAUAUGAUGCCAGACGAGUUGCCCUUAGCCCUUGAAAAAGCUGCUGCUGUGCUGCAAGGCGUGCUUCGGAACACGGUGGCAAGCUCGAGCGCCCGCAUCAUCGCAGGCAAACGAGUUUCUCCAGAGCUGCGGCUCGUUGAGUCUAAAGCAGCCAUUGAGUCGCCCAGAGUCUUGCACCGCUGCGAGUUGGUGGAGCCUGUGAGCAUCAAAGGCGUUCUCUUUCAUGAGAUAGGGGAUGCUGAGAAACUUGUGAAUUGUUUAAAGAACUCUGGCCUAAAAGCGGCCACGGUUUCAGAACCUUUGAUGGAGCAUUUGAAACUUUGGGGACUUGAGGCUGAAGCUUCGAAUGUCUUGCUUGUCACAUCGUCCUUGACCUUCCUCCGUACUGCAUCGGGAUUCAAGACUGUGACCCUGCUCCAGAACAGUCUGAAUGGGGGUUAUAGCAAUGGAACCAAUGGCAACGGCGACAUGUGCACUGAUGCCUCUACGAUGGCAAGAGAGGCAGACUUCACCAUCAGUUGCCUGGAUUCUUUGCGAAGAAUUCUGCCCAUGGCUUCUUGCAGCCCAUAG